CUUGAGAAAAAAAGUUGUUAAGCAUCAGUAACUAGGUGUGCGAGACAGACGAUGCAGAGAAACCACAAACCUGAGUCACAUGAGGUGGAUUUCCUGUGUUACUUUUUCACUUCAUGAGCUGCAGAGAGAGGGCUGGCCCACACACUCACUCGGCAGCAGAGCAGGAUGGUGCACUGACAGACGCUGGAGCAUGCAGGCCACCAUGAAUUUCAAUGUAUUUGGUCGCAGCGAGGAGAACUGCAACCAGGAGGGCAAGAAGAAGAGCUCGCUGUGGUACCGCAGAUCGAUGAAGGGGAGGCAGAGGCAGAAUAACGCAACUUUACCUAGAGUUUCCAAGCCCAAGCAGCCCACGUCACUGGUGGAUUAUUCUGACCCACAAAGGACCACGAUUCUACUUGAAAAACAAGACAAUGAAUCGUACGGUUUCGAGAUUCAGACUUAUGGAUUACCACUUAAGAACAGCACUGCGGUGGAACCUUGCACUUUGAUAUAUACAGUUCAAGAAGACAGUAUCGCUGAGAACGCGGGGCUGACCGCAGGAGACAUUAUCAUAACUGUAAAUGGCGUCAGCAUUGAAGGAUCAUCGCAUCAGCACAUAGCAGACCUGAUAAGAGAGUCCACAAACAGUCUCAAAAUUGAAACUGUAAGUGGAAAUGUGGUGAAGCAGGCUGAGCUGGAAAAGAAACGAACCCAGUUAAAGCAAACCCUCCGUGAGAAGCUGCUCGAGCUGCAAUCGCUAACUUUACAAGAAAAGCGUUUUGAGAGAGGUAAAUCCUUUGGCACCGUUCUCCACCCUUCAACUGAAUCCGACAUCAGUUCCACUUCUGGCAGACGGGGGCGCCGUUUCUCCAGCGACAGCAGCUACAGAAGCACCAUGACGGAGGACAGCGACCAGGCCAGCGUAUUCGGCGACGUCUACUCACCCAGUCCUUUCAGCGCGGCCAUUACUGACGACAACUGCUUCUUCUCCAAUAACUUUUCCUCUCAGUCCCAAAGAUUUCCCUCCGCCAGCGCCCUCAGCAGCAGCUCGAGUCUGGCCGGCAGUAGCAGUUCCCUGUCUCCAGCCUGGGAUGAAGCAAAGGUGUCAUCCAUAUUUGGGACUUUGCCGAGAAAAAGCAGGAGAACCAGUGUCCGAAAGCACAUCCUCAAGCUGCUCCCUGGACUUCAGAGCUCUGUGGAGGAAGAGGACACGGGAAUAAAUGCUCUGAGAUAGAAAAAAAGAACAAAAAUAAACACUAAGUAGCCUAUAAAUGAAAUGGACUUGAAAUGUACGAACUGCUCAAAUGUGUUCAGGUACUGUAUUUGUAAAAUGUGCGCUGUUUUCUGCAAAUUUAGGGUGUCAAAAAUGCUGUUUGCUAAAAGUGUUUUCAUAAAUAUAUUUUUUUUUAUUUUGAAAUAUGUUUAAAGUAGCUAAGAAAAGUACAUUUUGCGUUUAGGACAAAUCACAUUUUUGCUUUCUAUGAGAAUCAUGGGUUUUAUUUUGUGUAUUCACUAAAAACCUUGAACCUUUUAAAGCUACCAUCUGUAAUUAGACUUGCCGACCCACCCCUGUUGCAUUCUCACACUUCACCACUAGAUGCUCUCUAUGUUACUGCUGUCUGAUAGUGUUACAACUUUGGCCUGACAGAAGUUUCAGUUCAGUUCAAGUUUAUUUAUAUAGUGCAUUUAAAACUACGUCAGCUGACCAAAGUGCUUCACAUAUAAGAAAACAGAAGAAACAGAUAUACAGUGAACACGAUACAUGUGAGAACUACAAUAAAAGACGAAGUUAACCCCGAGAGCACAGGUGAGCGGAAGGGGAACAGGUUUCACAUCUGCAAUCUACUGGUUAUAAAGAAAAACAACUUCCAUGAUGGUAGCUUUAAGCGUUUUUUUUUUUUUUUUCCACCAUUAGACAAUUUAAGUAUUAUGUAGCUCAAUGAAAAGACAUUCUGUGCUCUGUGUAUUGCGAGACAAGAUCACUGCCUUUUUUUUGUAUAUUUUGUACAUGGAUACUUAGUUAAAGAUGCACUAUGUAACUUGUCUAGAUGUUUUGUCCUGAAACUGUUAAAAGAAUAGAGCAUUAAAACCUCACAUUCAUUCAA